UUGCAGCCAUGGCGGUGUGUCCCCAGCCUACUGGACAUUGCUAAAACCCUAGAAUACUUUCAACGGCAAAGGGACAGCCAUGGCGGACCAGGAGCUCCACCCAUCAAUCCCUUCAUGUCUCCACUUGCUCUCUGCUCUCCUCUCUAUGGAGCCCACCGACUCUCUUAUCGCCUUGGCCCGGGUAUGCGGUGGAGGGUUGGUUACUGAGGAAGUGCAGAGGUUUGUUUGGGACCAUUGCAUAGCCAAAGAUGCUGGGAAGUUGCAUGCGCCUUACCUGAAGAAGUUUCUGAAGAAGCUCAUUUCUGAAGUUGAGCUGAACCACGGUGAUGUGCUGGAUGAGCUAUACGAACUGUAUGCUCAUUUCAUGGCUUCUUUGAAGGACAGUGAUUUUGAAAAAGGAAAUGCAAGGGUCUUCAAAUGCAUUUCAUUUCUUUUUCCUGAUGGUUGUUCUAAACUUUCGAGUUGUCCCAAGUCGAGGAAACUGAUGGCGCCCCUGCAAUGUUCACUCAACAUGCUUGAAGGAGAUACAGGGUGUUCGGUUUGGCCAUCAAGUCUUUUUUUAUCGGAAUGUAUACUUUCUUUUCCAGAAUUAUUUUCUAAUAAGUCAUGCUUUGAGGUUGGCUCGGGUGUUGGUUUGGUUGGCAUCUGUCUUGCCCAUGUGAAAGCAUCCAAGGUGAUACUAAGUGAUGGUGACCUGUCAACUUUAGCAAACAUGAAGGUCAAUCUGGGACUGAACCACUUCAGCGUUGAAACUGAUAUGUCAGAAACUACUGAAGAUCCAAAUAUGGUUAAAUGCCUUCAUAUGCCCUGGGAAUCUGUCUCAGAAAGUGAGCUUCAGAACCUCAAGCCAGACAUAAUUUUGGGUGCAGAUGUAAUAUAUGACCCCGUAUGCCUCCCUCAUCUUGUUCGAAUACUUGCCUUUCUACUAAACCCUAAGAAAUUGUAUCCUGAGAAGGGGAGUGGUAAUCACCUAGGCCUUUCAUUGGAAAGUAAAUGUACUGAUGGUAAGGUCAAUGGAACUCAUCAAGGGAGUGCUGGUAAUGGUGAUAAAUUCCAAGCUUUUCUACCCAAAAGAACAGAAAACAGUGCCACAAAUGCUGGAUUGAAGAAAGGCUCAAUGGCUUUUAUCGCUACUGUGAUCCGCAAGAUUGAGACAUUCAAUAAAUUCUGUGCUUUGUUAGACUCGGCUAACCUUACCAUCAAAGACCUAACUGAUUCACUUAGGCCUUUCAAUUUGCUUCCCCACAUGCACUCAUAUGAUCGAACCGGUGUACGACUAUUUGCCAUCUCAUGCACCCAGAGCAAUCCAAGUUAUCCAAAUCAUUCAGUUUUCAGUUGCAGAGCUGUCAGCUAUACAUGCAUUCAGCUCCCAGUCUCUAAACAAAACCCAAUCAAUCUCACAAAAGGUUGUAAAUUUCAAUCCAAACCCAUCACCAUGGAUGAGCUGAAGAACCAAGCAGAGGUUGAAGUGGAGGCGAUUCACUUGUGGGCUACUCCAAGAUCACUGAGUACCAGCCUCAUGUACUCUUUUGCUCAGAGGGAUGACAUAGAAGUGCUUGAUGAACCCCUCUAUGCAACUUUCCUUCGGGUGACGGGUUUUGAUAGGCCCUACAGGGAGGAGGUUCUGUCCAAAAUGGAACCUGAUGGAAAUAAAGUUGUAAAAGAUAUCAUUCUUGGUCCAGGAAGAAAGAAGUAUCGCCUCUGUAAGCAUAUGGCCAAGCAACGUGUGCCUGGUUUACCAAUUGAUUUAAUGAAGACAGGAAAGCACGUCAUUUUGACCCGGAAUCCCCUUGAUAUCUUGCCAUCCUUUGACAAGGUUGUGCCUCCAUCGCUUCUUGAGUUAGGUUUGGCAGAUCUGGUCUCAAUAUACAGUGAGCUCUCUGAACUGGGGAGGCCCCCUCCUGUUAUUGAUGCAGCAGAGCUUCAAGUAGAUCCUGAGGCUACAUUACGUGGUCUUUGUGAAGAGUUGGAUAUCCCUUUUCAGUCCACAAUGCUUAAAUGGGAGGCUGGUAGAAAGCCAAUAGAUGGUGUUUGGGCCCCAUGGUGGUACGAAACAGUGCACAAAUCAACAGGAUUUCAACCACCAAGAAAGUAUCCCAUGCCAUUCCCUAUGUCUCUGUAUGACGUACUUGAGCAAAGUCUACCUUUCUACAACUUUCUUAGGCGCCAUGUGAAGCAGAAAUCGUGCCUUCUUAAGUCUCGUUUGUCUGAACCCGAUCUUCCAGUUCCAGAAAAUGAGAAGCUACUUGCAUGGGUUGGUGAUGAGAUUGUACCGCGCGAGAGUGCAAAGGUUUCUGUGUUCGAUUCGGUUGUCCAAGGCGGUGAUUCAGUUUGGGAGGGUCUUCGAGUUUACAAUGGCAAGAUAUUUAAGCUUGAUGAACAUUUAGAUAGGUUAUUUGACUCAGCAAAGGCUUUGGCAUUCAACAAUGUUCCUACUCGCGAAGGGGUUAAGGAAGCCAUCUUUAGUACUCUUAUUCGAAAUGGAAUGUUUGACAAUUCACACAUCCGAUUAAGUCUGACGCGUGGAAAAAAGGUUACUUCUGGCAUGAGCCCAGCAUUCAAUCUUUAUGGAUGCACCUUAAUUGUCCUUGCUGAAUGGAAACCCCCUGUCUAUGACAAUACAAGUGGUAUUACUCUUGUUACAGCAACCACUCGUCGUAAUUCACCAAAUAAUUUGGAUUCAAAGAUUCACCACAAUAACCUACUCAACAAUAUACUUGCAAAGAUAGAAGGCAAUAAUGCAAAUGCCGCUGAUGCAAUCAUGCUCGACAAGGAUGGUUAUGUGUCCGAAACAAAUGCUACGAACAUUUUUUUGGUGAAGAAAGGCCGUGUUUUGACACCUCAUGCUGAUUACUGCCUUCCUGGUGUGACUCGAGCAACUGUUAUGGACCUUGUGGUGAAGGAGGAGUUGGUCUUAGAGGAGAGAAGGAUCAGCCUAUCAGAGUUCCAUACUGCAGAUGAGGUAUGGACAACAGGAACAAUGGGAGAACUCAGUCCGGUUGUGAAGAUUGACGGCCGUCUAGUUGGAGAUGGAAAAGUGGGGCCUGUGACUCGAAGACUGCAGAAUGCUUACAAGGAGCUGACAGAAGCAUCGGGGGUGCCCAUACCAACCUAUCAUUAAACCUGAUAAUUUGCUUCACAAGGUUGUAGCCAACUGGCAGUGGAUGAAUGAAUCUCAUGGACCCAUGAUGCAUAGUUGGAAGAGCUUCUCUCACAGAUACGAAUAAAAGUACCAAAUGUUUGGUACAGAUGUGUAGAGAGCGCCAUUGAUUUUGCAUUUUUUUAUUUUUCAUCUUUCCCAUUUUAGGAAGGUCCUGGGAACAUAUUAAAAUGUAAUAUUACUAAGAAUGGUUGUAUACUACCAUUAUACUGCAAUAAAUAAAUAAAUUCUUUUGCCGCUCCAUCA